AAAUUUCUCAACUUAUCGAUAGACUCCACCAUCAAGAACUUCACGUUCUCUCUUCCUCUCCUUUUUCCACAUCCAACAUCAUGCCCGCCCCUACCAAUACCCUCCUCAUUGAGGGUUCCUUCUCCGAGCUCGCCGAUGAGUUUGCCCAGUACAUCGAUGCCCUCCGCAAAGAGGGUAGCCUCCAGUCCGAGAUCGCCCCGCUCCUCGAACCUCUCCGCCAGCAGGAACAGUCUGAAGGCGAGGCCGACCUUAAGCAGCGCGAUGAAGUCCUGAAGAAGCUUGUGUCCUCUGCUACCGCUUUGAACAGUGCCCCUGAGAAGGAGAUCACCUCCGCCUACAACCUCCUGGUCCACCUCGUGCACCAGUCUUCUGACGCCGACGUGUUCCUUCCUCGCAUCUGCACCUAUCUCGCUAAGCCCAUCACCACCUCGCCUCAGUUCGGUCCCACGCUCGCCAUCUCUAUUCUCACCACCAUUUUCAACACCCUGUCUUCCAACGAUUCAAGCCGGUACCACGUUCUCCUCGCUGUUGUGGCCGUGAUCCGCCAGUCUGGAUCUGGAAUUGCCUUUGAAGCCCUCAAGCCCCAGCUCACUUCGCAGCUCCCCACAUGGCUCUCCGCGUGGGAGUUGGACAGCGAUGACACCCGGAAGUUGCACAUCGCCAUUGCCGAGGCCUCCACCGCUGCCGGUGAUGAGGAUUUGGCCCAGACUCACAUCUUCCAAGCGCUCGAGACCAUCGACGCUGCCGACGUCAGCAAGCCCGAGAGCCGCGAGUUGGCUGUGCGCGCACUCGCUACCGCUCUGCGUCGCUCCACCGUCUUUGACUUCGCUCCCUUGACCUCAUCAGACGCCGUGCAGGCUCUGCGCUCCAGCGACAGUACCCUCUUCGAGCUGCUCGAAAUCUUCACCUCGGACACCCUGGACGCCUACGAGACCUUCGUGGCUGCCAACCCGCUCGCUUCCAUCUCUGGCGGUGUGCUCGCCGAGUCCGGCGAUGCCCUGCAGGCCAAGAUGCGUCUCCUCACUCUCACUUCGCUGGCAUCCUCCACCCCUUCGCGCUCGCUCCCCUACGCCACCAUCGCCUCUGCUCUGCGCGUCCCCGCCUCCGAUGUCGAGAUGUGGGUCAUCGACACCAUUCGUGCCGGCCUCGUCGAGGGCAGACUCUCCCAGCUGAAGUCCGAGUUCCUUGUGCACCGCGCCACUUACCGUGUCUUCGGCGAGAAGCAGUGGUCCGAGGUCCAAGGCCGCCUGAUGGUCUGGCGCCGUUCCCUCGAGAACGUUCUGAGCGUGAUCCGCUCCGAGCGUGAGCGUUUCGCCCGCGAGGGCAUUCAGGCCGCGGCUGAUCAAGAAGCCAACGCCAACCGCAACGGUAACGGUGACCGCCGACGCAUCCAGCCUGCGCAGUCCCAGGCGCGUGAGGUUGAGGCUACUGCCGAAUAG